CUAUGUAGCCAAGCCUUGAGUUGCCGCCGUCCCCUUCCAGACAAACACCAAAGGGAGAAAGAAGGGUGCAGGGAAGCCGGGGACGCUCAAGAAAACCGGCUCCGGCUCCCCUCUUGUUUCCUUUCCCCCCUUUCCCGCCCCGAUCCUCCUUUCGAGGAGGGGAAAGGGGGGCAAAGCUCCCUCCCUCCCCCGCACUAGUGAGGCAAGACCCUCCUCCAAGAGCCAUGCAGUCCGCAAAGUUGGAAGUCUUGAGCUGAAACUACAUCUCCCUCUCUUCCUCUCCUUCCCUCCCUUCCUUUCUCACAACCGGGAUCCGGUCCAAGGACGCACGGAACUCUUGCAUGUUGAAACAUUGAAUGAUGCUGGUCGCACCCUCCACUUCAAACACAGAAGAACAGAAGUUCUGCACCAAAACUGGAUUCUUUUUCUGUAUAACUUAGGCAAAUGCUUCUCCUGCAUCUCCUCUCCCCCCCCCCCCCCCACCAAAAGUGCCCAACAGAAACACAAGGCAGGUAACAGUAAAAUAAAAUACAGAAAUACAAAACUGCAAUGCAAUACCAGUGUAUUAAAGGUAACACUAAUUCAUACUAGAAAGUGCCUGGGAGAUUCAGAAUUGAAACAUAAGAGCGAACUUUUCCAAAUUCUGGAUAUUUUGCAAAUUGAGACUUUUUAUAAUAUCCGGGCCAAAGAUGUAGCAAAAAGGUCUCAGAAUGCUUACUGGAGGUUAUGGAAACUUUUUUUUUACAUAUAUUACCUCCCCCCAAAAAAACACAUUAAGGUUUUUGGAUCCUGAAAGCCACAGAAAUGAGCCUGGGAAAUUAGAGUCAAAGGAUAUUGCUAUUUCAUGUUCUUGUCAGUAGCCAUGAGGGCUAAAAACUUUAUAAUCUUGAUAAAUCACACUAUUCACAUGUACAAUGUGAUUACAAUAUAUAUAGGAGACUUAUAUUUCUGUUCACCACUCAAUAGUAUGCCUCCCUGACCAAGAAACUAAAUCCAUAUGGCAUUUGUGAUUUUAUAGAUACUCAGCAAUGCUUAUAUGUGAGAUGCGGCAGGAUAAGAAAUUGUCUGCUGAAUUUUUGCAGCCCGUAGUAUGUUUCCACCUCCCAAAGAGAUAAUAGAAUCCCCACUCCCACUUCGGUCUUAAGGCAUCACCAAAAAAAUAGCUAUCCUAUAACUGGCUUAAAUCAAAUCCUUAUGGAAUUUCUUUGAACUUCAGUCACAUGCAGUAAGUUUCUUUUAAAAAUCCUCCUGCUUCUAUCCGCUCAUGGGAACCAUACAGCCCUGUAGAUGUUGCAUUUUGACUCCCAGCAUUCCUGAUGACUGGCUAUGCAGAAUGAGAACUGCUGGGAGUUGCAGUCCUAUAAUAUCUGUGGGCUGCAUGCUUCUCAUGGAUGGUCAAACCCAUGCGAUAAACCACAGUGGAGUUGGCUAGAACUGGAUGGUCAAGGAGUUCACAGAACUCCCAGAAUCCUUUAUAACAGCACAACCAGGGGAUUUGGGAAGUCCUUUUUGCCACCUAAAGCUUCCAGUGUUUCCAAGCACUGCAAAGGAAUCCAAAUUAGAUUCCAGGAUGCUCUCCGAAGUCAGCCCCAGUGGCCACUUUGCGUUGAUCUGUGCCAGCAUGUCAUCCCCUCCCUACGUGCCAGAGCGAACGAACGUGGUGCGGAGACUGCUACCCUCCCUUUGCCUUCUGCUCUCUCUUUGAAGAAAGGUGACAGAGGGACAUGGAUAUCUGCCUGUGGCUUAACCAGUUUCCCCCAAAUUCCACCUAGCCCAGGUUGUCCCCAACUAAUAAAAAUACUCUCCUGGGGUUUCUGGUUGCCACAUAUUGCUGUGUUUAAUUGGUAGCAUGUGGCAUUGCUGAGUCGGCACAUCCUACAUGCUCUGUGUUGCGCUUGCCAAGCCCGGGGCCAGCUUAGGACAGAGAACAUCCUGUGAAACAAGGAGAAGGAGGCGGCCACAACCGGCUCCCCGGCCCUCCUGGCGUUAGCACUUUGACAUUUGCUGGAACAAGGAUCCCACAGCAGUGUUUCUUUUCUUUUUUCCAGCCAGCAAUUCUUGUCGAUUUUUUUCCCUUUCCAUGAUUUACUUUUCCACAUUCAUGAGAUUUAGGCUGUGAGAGAUAGGUUUGUUGCCUUGAGGGCUAGCCUGGUUGGCUGUUUACCUUGCAGUGGCAGCCUGCAAAAGAUAUUUGGGUUAAUACCUCCUGAUGAAAGGCUGGAUGGAUAUUUCCUUUUAAAAUAAUUGUAGGCAGAACUAGAAAAACUACACAGAUCACGAGAAGACAAGAGACAUCAGAAAAGCAGAGAGGGGAGGGACAAGCUAAUGCUUUAAGGUAUACAGUUUAAAAUGAAAAAGGUGAUUUUUGGAAUGUUAAAUUUUUGGAUGGUAACUCAAAGGAUGUAUAGUUUGGAAUGGAUAAAUAGAGCUUCAAAAAGUUACAUUUUUGCACAACUACUUUCAUUUUCUUCCAGUCGGUUGUCUGGGGGUUGCUGUCCAAAAAUGUAACUUUUCAAGUUUUGAUGCCAAUUAAUAUUGGGAAUAGACAGAUUUUAGUCUUGUUGAGACUAUCGUAAUUUUUUUUAUUACUGUCCCCAGUUCCACCAGCUGAAGCAUCACUUAAAUAGCCAAGAUGUAGAAAUGCAAAAAAAAAAGGAGGUAGAAAUAAAGAAUUUUCAUCCCAAGAACUUGCUCUUCGGGCCAGAACUGAUCAAUGCUUCUUCUACCACCUUUCUUCAUUUCAUUAUUAAAAAUUGGUGGGAGGACUUGCAGUGAUAGUAUCAAACUAUUGGAAAUCCUGUCUUACCUGCUUCAACUCAUUCAUACAUCCUCCUAUAGUUCCCAGUCUACCUUCUGCCCACCUAGCCAUCCAGAUGUGCUUGUUUAUUCAUAAUACAUGGACAUCAAACAAGCAGGAUUAUUAAGAUGGCUUUUCUUUUGUUUUCCAUCCACUUUUGUUUUUCACACAAUCUUGGUACCCCAGACACUGGGACAAAUUUCUUAUUUUCUUACUCGCUUCCGUAAUGCAUAAAUUAGCAACUAUUUAAAGCAGGAGUGGGGAAAAUAUGGCCAUCUGAGUUCAUUUGAACUAUAGCUCCUUUUAUCCUUGGCUAUUUGCACUUGGUCUGGUGGGAGUUGGAAUCCUUGACAUUCCAGAAAGCCACGGGUUUCCCUCACCCGCAGUUCCAGAAUAUAGCCCUUGUCUUAGGAAAGGCUUCUUUCCUUCAGAACCUUGGCUCAAGCAACCCAUUAGAUACUAAUGCAUUCUCAUGGUUAUUCUCUCUAACUGAGAAGAAUGUUAUAGCAAUGUGUUUCAGUGGUUCACAACCUUAGGUAUCCCAGAUGUAAUUGGACUUCAACUCCAUCUCUGCAGCGAGAAAUAGCUAGUGGUCAGAGAGCCUGCGGAGUCCAAAACAUUCUGAGGUCCAAACAUUGAGAUCUAUUUUCCCAUUCAGUGCUGAAAGAAGUCCCACUUCUUGAUGAUCCAUUUAUAAUUAUUUGGGUAACAAGACCCCAGUGGAGGAGCGGGUUAAACCUCUGAGCUGCUGAACUUGCUGACCAAAAGGUCGGUGGUUCAAAUCCAAGGAGCGGGGUGAGCUCCUGCUGUUAGUCCCAGCUUCUGCCAAUCUAAUAAUUCAGAAACAUGCAAAUGUGAGUAGAUCAAUAGAUACUGCUCCAGCAGGAAGGUAACAGUGUUCCAUGCAGUCAUGCCAGCCACAUGACCUUGGAGGUGUCUACAGACAACGCUGUCUCUUCGGAUUAGAAAUGGAGAUGAGCACCAACCCUCAGAGUCGGACAAGACUGGACUUAAUGUCAGGGGAAAACCUUUACUUUUACUAGUUCCCCAUGCUGUGGGUGUUAUCUUUUAUAUGUGUUUCUGUUAAAACACACACUCUGCACUUUACACUGUUCUUUUCAGAAAGGAAGACGGUUCAGUAAAUUUUCAGCAAAACCAGGCACUGCCAGUACUGAUUGGCUGUAUUCUGUGAAAUCGUAAAACCACCCCUUCUCAAAUGGAUUUUGCAUUGUAUCAGAUUGAUUUUUCUUGUGUGUUUCAGUCAGAUAAUAAAAUGAAUGUUUAAAUGAUAGUGAGAUAGUGAGAUAGAGAGAUAAAUCUGUUUAUUGAUCAGUCCAGGAGAAUUGAGUAAACAUAAGUAAACAUUCAUGUGAAUCUUUAAAUAAUAAGAAUGGGAAAAGACAGACCACCCAUCCUAGAAGAACCGUUUGAUCAAUAGGAAUUUGCAUGGACGUUGCUAGCAUUUAUGAGAGAAAGCUGGCUUCUGCCUUCUGGUCUUAUCCUUCAGGAGUAUAAAUCCAGCCAUGACUAUUUUAAGUUAAUUCCAGUGCACUCUUAAGAGCCAAGCUACAGGUUGCAAUGAAAUCCCAUGAUUUUUGUGUUAUAGAUCAGGACUUUGCUCUUUUAUUUUUCCUGGGCACAAGAGGGCAGUAGAAGGUAGUAGAAGAGGACACACUUUCCUUGUACAAAUUGUACAAAAGAAUUUAUAGCCGGAACAAAUCAGCAGCGAAUGCCUCUUUAUAUAAUCCUCAGUGCCAGAUUUGAUAUGAGGCUACAUCAAUGGCAGUUCUGCAGCAUUGCAUCUGUUGCGUAUGUGCGGACUUUUGGGCAACCUUUUUUUUUUGAUAGGCAACCUGUUCCUGAUUGUGACAACAUGAGCAGCUAAGAGGCCCCAUGCAAAGAAAGUGUUAACUCCUAGGGAAUGUGCCAUUUGGGCAACUAGAGCGCUGAAGAUGAAAAGGUGCUUUGAAGGUGUUGGGCUGCGGUGUUUCCUUCAGGAUGGGAGCAUGGCUGCCACCGCAACACAGAAAAACCUCCUUGUUUUUGACUUUGACGAGACCAUCGUAAACGAGAACAGCGAUGACUCCAUCCUCCAGGUUGCUCCGGGGAAACAGCUUCCGGAGUCGAUACGCCAAACCUUUCGAGAGGGAUCCUACAAUGAAUACAUGCAGCGUGUCUUGAAGUACAUGGGAGAUCAAGGGGUGAAGAUGGCCGAUUUCAAGGCAGUCUAUGAGAAGAUCCCACUUUCUCCUGGCAUGCGGGACCUCCUCCAGUUUCUCUCCAAGCAGCAGGACCACUUUGAAAUCAUCCUCAUCUCUGAUGCCAACAUGUUCGGCAUUGAAUGUGCCUUAAGGGCUGCCGGGGCCUAUUCCCUCUUCCGUAAGAUCUUCAGCAACCCUUCCAGCUUUGACAAGAGAGGCUACCUCACCUUGGGCCCCUACCACUCACACAACUGCCCACGAUGCCCAGCAAACAUGUGCAAACAUAAGAUCCUGACGGAAUACCUGGCAGAGAGGGCUCGGGAGGGAGCCAGGUUCGAGCGGGUCUUCUAUGUUGGAGAUGGAGCCAAUGACUUCUGCCCUUCCACCGCUCUAAGAUCAAGUGAUGUUGCGUUCCCGAGGAAAGGCUAUCCCAUGCACCAGCUCAUCCUGGAGGUAGAGAAAAACCAACCUGGGACCUACCAGGCCACCGUUGUCCCUUGGGACUCAGCCAUAGAAAUUUGCUGCUACCUUCAAGAUGUUCUCAAGAAAAAGUGUUGAGGGAGGAGAGGACUUGGGAGAAGAAAGUGCUGCUUUUCAUCCAUCCCCUACAAGCAGUUCAGAAAAAUCUGAACCAUUAACAUCACACUUCUCUCAUGCUUGUCUUAACUCUGGGUUUUCUUCUUCCCAUUUCUCAAACUCUGGUCUCUGGAUAUUCCUUUCCUUUGGUCCUGAGACAAGAGCUUUCUAUGCAGUUAAGUGAUCCAUUCAAGAAAGGGUGGGUGGAUGCUUUAGCCAUUUAAAUUUUUCCCACUCCCUUCAUGUUUUUAAAAGCUUACUUUGGCAUUCCCUCACAUCAUGUAUCUCUUUAAUCUCAAAUUACUCAUCAGAAGCACUUUGGGGAGAGUAUGGUUUCUAUUGCCGCUGAAGCACUUAACAGUUGGAGAUUAUGGGGCUGCAUUGCCCCCACUAGGAAAACUUUUAAGGGCUCCACUUUCCCUGCAAAGCCAAAUGCUCCCCAAAAAUUCCUCCGAAGUCAUAAGGCAUUUUGCCAUGUUUAGUUCCCAAUCUAGGCUACAUGAGACCUUUCUCACAGUACGAAGUUAUCCAGAAGUCAUUUCCAUAUUACCUCUUGUUUUUGAUUUUUAAAAGUGCCCCUGGUGGUGCAGUGGAUUAAACUGCUGAACUGCUGAAUUUGCUGACCAAAAGGUUGGCGGUUCAAAUCCGGGGAACGGAGUGAGCUCCCACUGUCAGCUCCAGCUUCUCCAACCUAGAAGUUCAAAAACAUGUAAAUGUGAGUAGAUCAAUAGGUACCACUCCGACGGGAAGGUAACACUGCUCCAUGCAGUCAUUCCAGCCACAUGACCUUGGGGAUGUCUACGGACAACGUCGGCUCUUUGGCUUAGAAAUGGAGAUGCCACCAACCCCUAAAGUCGGACACAACAAGACUUAACGUCAGGGGGAAACCUUUACCUUUACCUAAGUGUCCCUGACCCUAAGAUAGGCCAAAUGUUCUUCCAUGUAGCAAAUUGUCACUUAACCCCCCCUAGAGCAGAGCUUUCCAAACAUUUCAUGUUCGUGACACACUUUGUAGGCAUCCAUCAUUUUGCGACACCGCAAUUCAGUUGUACUCCAAACUAGAAAUACAGAUCCAUACAGAAAUUGUAAUGAUGGAAUGUGUAGCAACACAAUAUAUCCCGUAAAAACAUUUCAGAUAUAUGAUUUGUAAGAUAAUAACAUACAUUGCCAAGGUUUUUGCCCUUUCUCGUUGCGUUCACUUACACACUACAGACGACACACUAAUGAGUCACGAUACAAAGUUUGGAAAGCUGUGUCCUAGAGAACAUUGGGGACAAUUGACAAAAAUGAGCUUUUGGAUCAGGCAUGGGCAAACUUUGGCCCGCCAGGUGUUUUGGACUUCAACUUCCACCAUUCCUAACAGCCUCAGGCCCCUUCCUUUUCCCUCUCAGCCGCUUAAGCGGCUGAGAGGGAAAAGGAAAGGGCCUGUGGCUGUUAGGAAUGGUGGGAGUUGAAGUCCAAAACACCUGGCAGACCAAAAUUUGCGCAUGCCUGCUCUGGAUGCAUAACCAACGAAAAUUGGCUUUUGAAAAAAGGGGAACAUAUGCCUCCAGAAGAUUCCAAGACAUCCAAUUCUCCACCACACUUUGGUAUAGCAAACAAUGCAAAGACUAUAAUCUUUUCCUUUUUUGCGGGCAGGUCAAGGGGACAUUUUCCACCUCUGUUCUAUAUCCACCCUGAGCUUAUGCCGAUCUAGUUUGGAGCAGAGGAAAGAUUCUACUGUUUCCAGAUAGACAAGGGGGUAGUGACACUGGAGAGAUUAUUCUGCAACUGUUUUGGUCACAUCUCUGUCAUCUGGUAAGCAUUCCUGUUUCACGGCACGGUUGUGGGACUUCCUUCACUGGUGAGAUGAAUGACCUAAACCGGGCAUGUUGUAAUGACAGAAAGCACUUUUGCUGCUGCAACAAACAAUGGGUGUUCAUCACCCCUCUCAAGGGUGGCAUUGGUGCUGCUAAAAAGAAAAAGGUUUCUAUCUCAAUGAGGCAGGUUGAGGAUGCAUAGCUGGUACAACAGUGGUUCUCAGCCUGGGGUCCCCAGAUGUUUUUGGCCUACUACUCCCAGAAAUCCCAGCCAGUUUACCAGCUGUUAGGAUUUCUGGGAGUUGAAGGCCAAAAACAUCUGGGGACCCACAGAUUGAGAACCACUGAGAUACAAGGAAUGAUAAAAUGGACAACAAAGCAAGCAAACGACUCCAUGGUCGAAUGAGAAGCAAAUAGGAACAACCUAUUGGGGACAUUGUACACGUACAGCUCCCUCCAUUCCCUAUGUGUAUAAGAAAUCAGAGUUUGUAAGCUGCUUGUUUUAAACUGCUAGCCAGGGGAUUCUGGGAAUUGUAGUCCAAAAAGUAACUCCCAAGUAUAUGACAGUUUCCUGCCUAAUUUCUCAAAGGGGUUAUAUGGCAAUAUUUUAGGGUUAUUUUUUAUUUUACUGCUCUGAUGUUAAUUUUUUAUGACUCUGAUGUUAGUCUUUAUAUUAAUUUUCCCUUCAUAUACAGCCUUUCCUUCAAUUACAGACUUUAUCCUUUGGUUGGAGGUGUGGGAAUCUAUGACAAGUCCAGGGGCAAUUUUUCUUCUUCUGCAGAUUGUAUGAACUUCCCAAAAACAAAGCAAAAACCUGGAGUGGCCAGAAGUUCACUUCUGGGUUUGAAAAACGGGUAUUUUUUUCGACGUUAAAUGGCACAGAGGCAACCUGAAAUCUAUUCCAUGCCAUAAAUAGAGUAAUAUCGGAGUCUAAAGGGGUUGAGGGCCAUAUACAGUCCAUGCAUAAUAAUCACAUGGGGCCCAACCGCUUUACUUUGCCCACCUGCUCUAUUGUUUCUCACACACGCACUAAAACUAUGCUGAAACAAUGUGUUUGCAUCCAUUCCCCCCAUUAAAUAUGCUGUGUGGGGAGUUAUGGAGUGCGAGGACUCUGGAAAUGAUAUCAUUGCAUUAUUCUAAAUAUAAAGGGCUUCUUAAACUGUAUUUACGCUGCUUUUAUAUAAUGGAUCCAAUAAUGGUUUCCUCCAAAGAAUUGUGGGGGGUGUGGUUUGGUGAUAGUGUUGAGCGUAACUUGUUUACAUAUCAAUGGACCACUUACAGACCUAAAGUUUCUUGAGGGUUGAGAGAGAAAUUGCUGGCCCAUGGGAUUAAGCCCCGUUGGAUUACUAGGGCAGCCAAAAGUAUAUGGUAAAUAAUUCCAAUUUCAGUUGCAUUUUGUAUAGUAUGUUGGCAUUACCAGUAAUCAUUGCAUGAUCUACCUCUACAUUUUCAAGUGUUGCCUCACACUAUGUUGUUAUCAGGAUUCCCAUUUUCUUGUCCUGAAAUGGUGUGUAUGGACUUCUACUUUAGGCAACACGAACCAUGGAAAGAUGUCUCUACUUUUCUAUCCCUGCCUCUUGGGGAGUCACCCAUGAUCUCAUAAACCAAAAACCCAAUUUCUCUCUCAGCCUUCAGUACAAAGCUACUUAGCAAUCUCAGUGCUCCCACUUUAGAAAGCUAUGCCUUCAGUUGCUUCUUUUUAUUUUAAUGUGCUUUGUUUCCUCUCUUUAAAAAAUGAAAGCAGAAUUAAAGGGCAGAAAUCAGGA